CCUCGAUAUUUGAACUCGCGCCUCAAGGCCCAGCCAACAACUCUGCUUGCGCGCCAUUGCGGCAUUGUUCAAAUUGCUUGUUUGUCGCCAACAUUGCCGGAUCAAAAUAUCCCCUUCCCCCACGCUUAUCACGCACGUAGCAGAAGCACGCCUCCAUUGGCCUUCCAGCAUUCCAGACGAAGCGAGUGAUAACCCGCCAUCAUGAUACACAAGGGUCGAGUCAAAGACCCUUCCAGGAAGGUCAGCCCUCCAGGGCCGACCUACAUGUCGGACGAUCAAGUCGCGAGCUAUCUCAAACAACUCCGGUCGGGUCCUCCAUCCAGACCAAGUGGCUCUCGUCCAUUUCCCUCUCACGCUGCCGCUUCUCCGCCCAAGUCUCGCGACGAGCUUCCUCCUCGAGCUGCAUCCGCAUUAUCGAUGAACAAACGUGACUCUUCCUCCAGCGAAAACUUAGAUCAUAUUCAAGAUCCUUACCCUCGUUCUGCCAGCGCAAUGUCGCACAACCGGCAAUCCUUGCAAUUCGGCUCUGCUGGACGACCUUUAGUCCAGCAACCAAGUGCAUAUCGCGUCAGCGGAAACCUCUCACCAGAUGCCAAGAUUGCCCCUUCUGGAACCCCUAGCGGGAUGUAUCGAGAGAGCGGUCAGCGUUGGAUGGAGAGGCAAGAAGCGCGUUCGCUUCGGGACGCACUAGAAGAGAUGGAUUUACAGGAGGAAGAACGUCUAUACUCUAACGCUCAAGAUGAAGCAACAAGGCUUGUGUGGGAACACCAGAAUCCAGGUGCCGCCUACAAAAACCCGCAUGCUGCUUAUGCCAACCCGGACCUGCAAAGUAACAAUCGCUUCCGACAACAUUUAGAAAAGGCCAGUCUCUCCAGACGCCAAAGCGAGGGAGCCUCUGUGGAUGUGUCGCACAGGCACAAGAAAAAUAUGUCCGGACCUGAAAGCUCAGGGGAGGCAUCAUCACCUGAUAGCUAUAAUGAAUCAUUGCCAAACACUAGCUUCAAAAAGAAAGGAAGGGUCAAUUUCGCACUACCACCAGAUGAGAGUGCUCCAACUGUUCGUGACAAACUGCCAAAAUCGAGGAGUGUCAGCAGCGAGUCAUCUAAAGGGAUAUUCAGGAACCCUGAGGACUCUAUCUAUGAGGAGCCGGAGGAACCUAGUAAUGAAGCUGAGACUCAGCGCCCACCCGCACCUGCACCUUCAGCUCUUAGAGUGAAGCCUCGAAACUCUCUUCCACAAGAAUUCAGCUCUACUCCCGCGCGCUUUCGAAACUCUCCAUUUGAUCGGAAGCAAAACAAAGUCGACAUAUACAAAAACCCACCUACUCAAUCGAGGAACCCCCUUUACACGACCAAUUCAUCCACACCUCAGCCUUCGGAACCAAAGAAAGAAGAGCCAACUUCGACAAAAGAUGGACUUGAGGUUCGCAGUGAUGAUAUUCGAGCAGCCACUAGUAUGAAAUUUAAGGACCGAAGCGGGAAAUUACCAAUGCCUACAGCAGUGAGUGAUCGACUAGGUCAGCCUAUUGUUAGUUUCGAUCCGUCGUGGAAGCCACAAAACGAGACUCCAAAGGCUCAUGAUAAUUCUCCUGCUGUACCGGCCAUCAAUGUAUCAGAACCUCCUGCUGUUCCUACUAUUAACCUUCCGGAUGAGUCGAACGAGCAAAGUCCAUCCAUUGUUGUCUCCGCGGUCGAAGAAGCCAAUAAAAAUGCCGAUUCUAGACCAGCUUCUACGUCGUCGAACAGUCGAAAAUCCGUUGAUCCAAAACGAAUGGCCCCGACCUCUCAGAGUAAAUGGUAUUCCCCAUUUACGCGGUCUGGUGUUCCCACCGCAACCUGCGCGAAUUGUACACUGCCAAUUGAAGGUAGGAUCGUAACAGCAGCCGGUUCUCGCUUUCAUCCCGAAUGCUUCUCAUGCUUUCACUGUGGCACUGGACUAGAAUGUGUUGCAUUUUAUCAAGAGCCCGAAGCUACACGUAAUGAAAGACUUGCCAACGCUUCGCAUGAUGACAUCGAAGCCAAUGCUUUGCGGUUCUACUGCCAUCUCGACUUUCACGAAUUGUUUAGUCCAAGGUGCAAGAGUUGCAAGACACCAAUUGAAGGAGAAGUUGUGGUCGCAUGCGGUGCGGAGUGGCAUGUCGGCCACUUCUUCUGUGCCGAAUGUGGUGAUCCAUUCAAUCAAGAAACUCCAUUUGUAGAGAAAGAUGGAUUUGCUUGGUGCCUUCGUUGCCACUCUCGUCGCACAGCUUCACGCUGUCUAGGCUGCAAACAACCGGUGAUGGAAGACGUUGUCGUCACUGCUCUAGACGGCCAAUGGCAUGACAAAUGCUUCGUCUGCCACGAAUGUGGAGGUGAUUUUGGACCGGAAGGGCGAUUUUUUGUUAAAGAAGGUGAGCCGCGACGAACUACAAAGGGACGAAUCAUCGGUGGUCCAGUUCAGCUUGCAGUUUGUGAGCCGUGCGAAGCUAGGCGAUUGAAAGCAUAGCCUCAGCUAGUCCAUUUAGUUACCCAGACUAGCAUGACUGAUAGGAAUCCUUGGGUGGUCGUUCAAACACUCCUUCUCUAUAUCAAGAGAACCUUGCCUACAGAGUGCGAAAUUGGUUAUUUAUAUUGCGGAUAUAUCAAUCAUUGAAUUUUUGCAUAAGCAUCGGCCAGCCUAUCGUUGUUGACUGCUAUAUUUCUGACAGAAAGUCGAAGAUUCGCAUCUAUGCUUAUAGAUCAACACUCAAUUAUGAUUUACGGAUAUUUUGGGCUGUUUUAAACAUGGUAUUUGGUGUUUUGCAUGAUUUCCAUGGAUAACAAGUGUUUGUAUAAUGGUUUAGUUGGUUUUGGAG